UACUUAUUUGUUGACGCUGCGAAUGAGUGCGAGUAGCGGAUUUCUAGCUUUGGAUUCAUUAAAGGUUCAAAUAUUUGAAGAGAAGUCGUAUCGCGUAUGUAUGUAUAUACAUAUGUAUGUAUGAAUGUGUUGUACUCAGCAAAGCGCGUACAAACCGCAAAUUUUGGUUAAUACUGUGCCGAACCAUUGAUAGCGUGAGUCGUAUCAAACGGGAAAUCGGUUCUUCGACAGCUCUUCAUACACACACACACACACGUCGCUUACGGUGGCUCAAAGACACGACGAUAUCCAAACAUACCUGGUGAGUUAAACUCGCUCAUCGCCGUCCACCCCCCUCCAGUUGUGCUCGUAGUUGAACGCCUGAGCUACUGAGUCGACAAACGAGAUACACACAUUUCACUAUACACCAUCCACAUCCGCCUAUUUUCUUGCUUGCUCGCUGUGAGCUGGGAGGCAACGAACGCAGACAAAGACGACCAGCUGAGCGUACACAGUUGGCGACGACGACGACGACGGCGGCGGCGCAGACCAGGCUUUAUGGCACUUUUGCUUUUAUAUUUUCACAACAUUUUGUGAAUUUAUUCGCUCGUUGGGCUGCGGUGCUAACAGUUGAUACGGUUGACACGGUUGACGGGGGCUUAUCACUUGCUGCGCGCAAACAAAUAAACAAAGGUUGACUUAUUGGCUGUGCGUCUGGCGAAUCAAACAAACUUCGUCUUCUGAGGGUCAAAAAAAAAAGGAAAUUAAUAAAUUCAUUAAGAAAAUUUUCUUGGUCUUUCGUUAUUUAUGUGUCUUGUUUUUGGUGCUUUCGAUCGGCGUGUUUGUCGCCCGCAGACAACGGACGCUUUUCGUGCAUAAAAGUGCGGUUCUUCAUUAAAAUUUUCAUAUUUAAGAAAAAAUAUAUAUGUAUAUUCAGCACACACGCGUGUAUGAAAAGGGAACAAAAAUCACAUUAAAAACUAUUUAAAUAAAUUUGUGGGUGCAUAAAUUAGAAUAAAUAAAUAAAUAAUAAACGAGAUACACCAGAAAUGCUGGAGAGCUCACAGAUAAUGCAAUAAUGUGCCAGUGAAUGCUCGCUCACCUCGCUUCAAUGAGUUUAAUAAGAGUUUGAGCAGUUCUACAACAACAAACAAAAUAAAGAGUAAAAUUUCAGAGUGUUAAUGUACAUAAAGCGUGUAACAAAUAGUAAAAAAUAGAGAAAAUAAAAUAAAAAUAUUAUAAAUUCCUAAAAUUAAUAAAUGAAAAACAAGUAAUAAAUACCAAUUUAAACAAAAAAAAAAUAAAUUAAUUAAAGAAAUAUAUAUAUAUAUAAGUACAAACAGCAGCAGCUUCUUAGGAUUCCCCAAAACGCUGGAUUUUUGGAAUAACGAGCAUUCUGAGAAAACAACAUUUAAUCCCUCUCAGUGUGAUAAAUAUUGGGAAAAAAAUUUAAAAGACUAAAUCUUUUAAAGUCACAAUCAAAUACAGACAUAUGUAAAUAUGUAUUUAGUCUAAUGUACAUGACGGUUUUCCGCAACACGACAAAAAAAUGAAAAAGCAAUACCAAGUACGCCCGAUAAAUGCUGCGGAAAAUGAAACAAAAAAAUGAAGUGAAGAGAAAUAACAAUAAAAGUGAAUAAAUUACAAAGAAGACGAACAAGGCAAAACUCGUUAAAGGCAAUGUUAGAAAUUUUCAGCAGAACUCAAAACAAGUCAUGUAAGCUAAACGACAGCUGAGACGAGACAAAUCAAAGCAAAUUCUAAAAAAGGGCAUAAAUGAAUUAAAGUUGAGAAAAACCACAAGCUCACAAAAACAUUUACUUAGACAAAAAGUAGUAGAAUAAAUAAAUAAAACCCCUAAUACGCUUGCCAAGUAGUCGUAGGAAAUGGAUGAAGACAAGUUAGAUAUACCGUUAGUGUCGAAAGAAACGGCCGACAAAGCGAUUAUUAUGCCACAAAACGCCGCCAGCGCUGAGGCUGUGCUUGGUGUGGGGGUUGGUGUGACGGGGGGUGGUAAUGGUUUAUCCAACGCUGCAGUAGCUUACCAAAAACAAACUGCCGUCAACCCAACGGCAACAACAACAAACGCAGCAGGCGAUGCGCUAAGUACACCGACAACAAUAGCAACAGCGACACCAACAAAAACAGCCACAGCAACAAAUGUCAAUUUGAAUUUAAAUACUCACACAAGUAUAGCAAUGCCAACAAUAAUGUUACAACAACAACAACAACAGCUGCAACAACUACCGCUACUGCCCUACAGCAACAAUACAAAUUUUGUUGGCAACAAUUUGAAGAAUGGCGCACUCGGCUACAAUACGCAAAGUAAUUUAUGCAACGGCGGUAUUGCCGGUCAAAAUCACAUACUCGCACCAAAGAAACAAAACAACUGCAGUCCCAAUGGCCAGAAGAAGGGUACUGUCAUGCUCUCACAUCUGCCCCAGCGGCCACCAGUCGAUAUAGAGUUCGCUGAUAUAUCAUAUUCGGUGUCGGAAGGACGAAGGCGCGGUUUAAAGACUAUACUGCGCAGUGUUUCGGGCAAAUUUCGCAAUGGUGAGCUAACCGCCAUAAUGGGGCCCUCCGGUGCGGGGAAGAGUACACUUAUGAACAUUCUCGCUGGUUACAAAACCUCACAGCUGAGCGGUUCGGUGCUGAUCAAUGGUAAAGAGCGUAAUCUACGUCGUUUUCGUAAACUGUCCUGCUACAUAAUGCAAGACGACAUACUCAUAGCGAAUCUCUCUGUGCAUGAGGCCAUGAUGAUCUCUGCCAACUUGAAGUUGGGCAAAGACAUGAAUUUGGCAGCGAAGAGAGUUGUUGUUGACGAGAUACUCGAAACAAUCGGUUUGAAAGAGUCGAGCAACACAAAGACCUGCAAUUUGUCGGGUGGACAACGGAAACGCCUCUCCAUCGCUCUGGAGUUGGUCAACAAUCCGCCAGUGAUGUUCUUCGAUGAGCCCACUUCAGGUUUGGAUAGUUCAACAUGUUUCCAGCUGAUUUCUUUGCUCAAGUCGUUGGCACGUGGCGGUCGCACUAUCGUUUGCACCAUUCACCAGCCGUCGGCGCGUCUCUUUGAAAAGUUCGAUCACUUGUACAUGCUCGCCGAGGGCCAGUGCAUGUACGAAGGACGCGUACGCGGUCUGGUGCCAUUCCUCUCGUCGCUCGGCUAUAACUGCCCUUCAUAUCACAAUCCAGCCGAUUAUGUGCUGGAAGUAGCCAGCGGCGAGUAUGGCGAAUCUGUGCAAAAGCUAGUGGCGGCGGUCAAAAGCGGCGAGUGUAAGAAAUACAGUCAAAAGGACUACGGUUUGACAAGUCUGACGACGGAUGGUGUACGUGGCAUAUCAAAUGAUAUUGUCAAGGGUGAUAAUUCCAAUAGCACAACAAGUGCAAACAAUGCCACGCUCACAGCGACUACAACGCUCACCAUGGAGGAUGAGAAAUGCAAUAAGGCAGAUCAAUUUGCUACGCAAGCGGAAGGGAAUAUGCUCAAUCAGCCGAUAUUGGAGACACAACAGUCGCAGCAAUCCGACUGCAGCGUUAUCAACAUGAACGUUCCAGCCAGUAACAAUGGCACUAGCAACUCCGGCAGUGGUCUGCCUUACAGCUGCAGUUUCAGCUCGAAGAGUGGGCAGGUGGUUAACACAGCUGCAGAGAAGGCAGCUGCCGCCGGUUGUACCACUUCAUUGCUAGACUCACAUGAGAGCGUCGUAACGCUGCCCAACAGCUCGGGCUUCCCCACAAGCGGUUGGACGCAGUUCUGGAUUCUCCUUAAACGUUCCUUUGUUACAAUCAUGCGUGAUCGUAUGCUGACCCAUAUGCGCCUGGCCUCGCACAUCAUUGUCGGGGCCAUCAUCGGCAUGAUAUACUACGAUGUGGGCAAUGAGGCAUCCAAAGUGAUGAGCAAUGCAGGUUGCAUCUUCUUCACGACGCUCUUCACGAUGUUCACUGCAAUGAUGCCAACCAUUUUGACGUUUCCAACGGAAAUGUCGGUAUUCGUGAGAGAGCAUUUGAACUACUGGUACUCGCUGAAGGCGUUCUAUUUUGCCAAGACGAUGGCAGAUCUGCCGUUUCAGAUCGUCUUCUCCAGCGUCUAUGUGCUUGUGGUCUACUAUUUGACGUCGCAGCCUAUGGAACCCUUGCGCGUUACCAUGUUCGUCUUCAUUUGUGUGCUAACGUCGCUGGUCGCACAGUCGUUGGGAUUGCUCAUUGGUGCUGGCAUGAACAUUGAAGCUGGCGUUUUCCUCGGUCCCGUCACAACAAUACCGACCAUACUCUUCUCCGGCUUCUUUGUCAAUUUCGAUACUAUACCCGGUUAUUUGCAGUGGGUGACCUACGUUAGUUAUGUGCGCUAUGGCUUUGAAGGCGCUAUGGUCUCCAUCUACGGCAUGGAUCGAGCUACAAUGGAAUGCCAUGAAAUUUAUUGUCAUUUCCGCUUUCCCAAAAAAUUCCUGGAGGAGAUGUCUAUGGACAAAGCCGAGUAUUGGAUAGAUGCAGUCGCACUGUUGGGCACAUUCAUCGCUCUACGCAUCAUAGCAUACUUUGUGCUGCGCUGGAAGCUUCAUCUGAUACGCUAAACGAUUAUAGCUUUGUUGUAGUUUAUAGUUUGUAGUUGUACGCUGUAUGUAAUUACAAGUGAAUAUGUAUGUACAUCGAUGUUAUAUAAAUAUUUUAUAAGUAGACAGUCAAAGAAGACAGUUCCAAGAGCAUUUCACGCUGAUUUCAGUUCAUUCGAAAUCAUACGUUUAAUGUUUGCUUUUAUGUAUAAACAAAAUAUAGAAAAUGAAAUUGAUAUUAUUUAGCAACUUGAAUUGAUAUAUUAUAUAAAAUUUAUAAAUAACUUAAAUUUAAUUAUUAUAGAAUUUUUAAGCAUACUGGCCAUGUAAUUUACAAUAAACUAUCUAAAAAAUAUAAAAAAUAAUAAUGGUAAGGUGUAUGGCUGUAUAUACAUACAUACACGUAUGUAAAUAUUAGGUUGCAUGUGUGCAUAACGGUGCUUUAGUUUUCCUUCCAUUCUAUCUUUAUUUUUAUCUGGUACUCCGCAAGACACUUUUUUGUAUGGGAAAAAUUGUUUGGUAUGAAUAAUUGUUAGUGUAGCAUAUAAA